AUGUCAGGACAUAAUCACCAUGACCACCACGGUCAUGGUGGCCACUGCCAUGGACAUGGAGACGACGGCCAUGAUCACUCCAACGACCUUACCCCAGCUAUUCAGUCGCUUUUGUACUCUCAGAUCCAGUUUGAUACAAUCAUCACCUUGAAUGAGAAAGUUCCCCGAUCUGGAGCUGCUAUUGUUCAAAAGACAUGGGCUGAGAGGCUGAAUGAGCAUCCUGAACUGGAGAGCGAUGCUGAUGAGCAGCUGCUCAUGUACAUCCCAUUUGCGGGGCAAGUGAAGCUCCACUCCAUACUUAUAUAUACAGCUCCAACUCCAGCUGCUCCAAAGACCCUCAAGCUCUUCAAAAACCGCGCUGAUUUGGAUUUCUCUACGGCGUCAGAUCUCGCCGCUACACAAACGAUUGAGGUGCCCCAGCCAGUACCGGCAUCAGACGUCUUUGAGUUGCCGCUGAACCGAGCAUUGUGGAAUACGACUACCUCGAUCACUCUCUUCUUUGAAGAUAAUUGGAGCGGAGGUGAUGAGGAGACCACCAAGGUCGGAUACAUUGGAUUCAAAGGACAAUUCAUGGCAUUGAAUCGUGAGCCGGUGAGCGUGCUCUAUGAAGCGGCGGCCAACCCCAGUGACCACGUUGCUAUUCAAGGUGUCGAGGGCGUGGGUGGACGAAUUAUGCCGGGACAGUGA